AUGGGCAUGCCUGCAGACGACGUACAAAAUUACAUGCCGAUAAAACAAAGGGAAUACACAAGUUUCACCCGCGAACAUGUAAAACCAACUGACCACAGUACCCCUGCAGGAGAUGUACAGGUAGAACGGCUUGGGUGCUGGGCAGACACCGGUACAAGGGCCAUCCCUACUCUUGAGGGAACGGACCCGAGGUUGGACGGACGUUACCUGUACCGUGAACAGCCCUUCGAGAAAUGCCUGGCCGUGGCGCAGAGUCGCGGCUUCUCAGUGUUUGCUCUUCAGAAUGGAGGUUGGUGCGCUUCAUCUGCAGAAGCGGGAAACACCUAUAAUAUGUACGGACCCUCGGCAGGUUGUGGAGCCGAUGGCGAAGGCGGUCCUUGGGCAAACGAGGUUUACAGGAUAACUCAACAUACAACUCAGCAAACUACUGAGAUACCCACGACAACUGGGCCUCGGUACACUACGGACCAGACGACGCAACAGCCAACUCUCCCAGGAACAACUUCUUCUCAGUACACUACGGACGUCGACCAGACGACACAACGGCCAACUCUUUCAGGAACAACCGGUCCUCAGUCUACUACGGACCAGACGACGCAACGGCCAACUCUUCCAGGAACAACCGGUCCUCAGUCCACUACGGACCAGACGACGCAACGGCCAACUCUUCCAGGAACAACUGGUCCCCAGUCCACUACGGACGUCGACCAGACGACACAACGGUCAACGCUUCAAGAAACAACUGUUUCUCCGAACACCACUACCCAGACGACACAAUGGCCAACUCUUCCAGGAACAACCGUUGUUUCUCAGAACACCACUAACCAGACGACAGGACUAGCAGGAGGGGAGACUGGUAAAUCUAUCGGUUCAUGGGACAACAAGCCGCUCAACAUCUCACUGAUUUGUGUAGGCUGUGCUGCACUCAUCGGUGUGGGAGGCGGGUUGAUGUACUACUAUGGUAACAGACGGCAAAGAAGACGGCAAGUGGCUCAAGAUCCGCAGGAUUGCGACGAAGAAUAGCAACUUAACUUGACCCUUUAAAUUUACGUGUUGACGUGUGGUUGGCUAUUGACUUCUAGAUGAAAGAUGAAUAUUUGGAGCAUUUUAGCAGUGGUUUCAGGUACUGUAGCAUCUAAUAGGGUCAAAAUGAGAAAAUUACAUUUAGGAUUGCGGUGAUGUUGGUAGUAAAGGUAAUUUUGGGAUGGUCCAUUUGUACAGAAGAUUGAUAUGGAACAGUCCAGUUUAGAAUG